AUGCGGGCGGGAGCAGCGGCGGCGGCCGCGGGGGGCCUGGGGGCGGCGGCAGCCGCUGCGGCGAAGCUGGCGCUGGGCCCGGGCGGGGAGGCGGCCGGCGGCACGCUCUCAGUGUUGCUUCGCCUCAGCUGCAUUGGCCUGGUGUUUGUGUGCAAUGCAGUGAUGUGGACAGUCUUCACAAAAGCCUUGCGACUCUCCUCCUCCUCAGCUGCUGCCUCUGUGACGACAACAGCCUCCAAUUUCAUCUUUUCGGCUAUCCUGGGAAGAUUGCUCUUCGGGGAGACGUGGACACCUCUGUGGUGGGUCGGCCUCGCCAUAACAGUCUGCGGGCUCAUGCUGCUGCACACGGCUGCACCCCAGCUGGUGCCAGUCCCAGCGGAGAAGAAGGAAUGAUAGCUGCUGCAGGGGUCACAGUGCCAUGCUGCCCCUCUCCAGCCCCUCUCAUGACAGCACACCCAGUCCCCACCAGCCUCUGGACAAGUCAGCCACCAAGGUGCUAGCCCCUGCUCACUGCUCAUCUGCUGACUUGCAAAAUCACGUUGGUCGCAUCUUUCCUGGUGGUGGUAUGGUGGCAGUGACAGCUCGGAGGGAGCUGGUCAACUCUGAGUCAGUAUUGUGAAAAUCAGGGCCAGAGGCUUAUCAGCCACUCCUCUUCUUCACACCCUGUGGCUGUGGAGCUUUCCCAGUUAGGGGAAUGCUGAAAGUAAACAUGGUGGCUGUGGAAAGUGCUUGUGCAUCAGUAUUUUUUCAUGAAAGGACCUAUUCCAAAAUAGAAGAGCGAUCCAAAUUAGAUGCUGAAGGCAGCUGUUAUUUCUGCUCUGCUGUUCCUGACUUUCUGUCUCUUGAAAUGGUUCUAUGCCCACUGCUACCUGUAAGGCUGUGGAGGCUUUCAUUAAUUCUUUCAGCUUCCUCCAUCAGUCACAUAUACCCUUGAACUUGCCAUUUGUAUCUGACUUCUAGAAUUUUCACUCACCCAUUCCUGACAUGUUAGUCACUGUAAGGUUGCUGCUCUUUCCUUUAAACCCUUACCCAGAAUAGGGUUUUGAUCACCAUUCCUGCUUUGUGUAGGUUAAAUUAAUUUUGGGACAGUUCAACAGGCAACCUGCUUUCACUUGGAGUCUCCGUGUUUAAUAUAUCCCUCACCCCCACUUAAGUUGACAAUUGCUUUAAUGUUUGGUAAAAGGG